AUGAUCGUACCUCGUCUUCGGAGUGAAGCCCGUGGCGGGUCAUCAUAUAGUGCAUCGACUCGUUAUAGUGGCAGUGUUUAUGGAGGUAAAAUAAAUCAGAGUCAAAAUUCCAAUGAUCCUGAUCUUAAACGAGCUCUUCAAUAUUCUUAUACAUCACAAGCUGUACGAAAAUGGGAAAAACGUUGGGUAGUCAUUCAUGAAACAUCAAUGCGUGUUCAUAAAUGGAUGCCAGCACCAGCAACAGCUCCAACACUUGCUUCACAAACUGUUGUUGAUAAAAUAGCUGAUCUUGCUAAUAAUAAUACUGAAAAACAACAAGAAGAAAUUCAAAUACAACAGGAACAACAAGAAGAAAUCCAAAUACAACAGAAACAACAAGAAUCUAAUUCUAAUGAAACACAAGAUACUCAAAUGAUUGUCGAUGAAGAAAGUACCAGUCAAUCAAGUCAAGCUUAA